AUGGCGACUAAAGCGUACCUGCUUGUGGAGACGUCCGUGGGCAAGACCCGGGAAGUAGCGACAACGCUCACGGGGCUGCCGGGAAUCGCAACCGUCGACGUUGUAACUGGUCCCUAUGACAUUAUCGCCAUGAUCAGCGCCGACGACAUUUCGGUGGUGGGCGAUCUGGUCACAGGCACAUCCACACGGCCGCCAGGGAGUGCCGUUUUGGACUUUAAGUUUACCCCGGAAGACGAGCAGUUUCGUCAAGAUCUGAGGACCUUCCUCGCCACCGAGUUGCCCGAAACAUGGGAGGGCGGCGGUCGCUAUCCGGAAGAGGACGACUGGAACCUGACCCGGGUCAUCCGGCGCAAGAUGGCCGACCGGGGCUGGCUGACCAUGCACUGGCCGGAGGAGUACGGCGGGCAGGGCGCAUCGCCAGUGAAGUCGGCGAUAUUCAACGAGGAAAUCGCCUACCUGAGGGCCCCUGGGCGCGACAUCUUCGGCGUUCGCAUGCUGGGACCCACGCUGAUGAUUCACGGGUCUGAAGAGCAGAAGCGCACGCAUCUGCCACCGGUGGCCCGCGGAGAAGUGCAGUGGUGCCAGGGCUACAGCGAGCCCGAGUCCGGCUCAGAUCUGGCAUCGCUGAGUACGCGGGCGAUCCGCGACGGAGACGACCUGGUCAUCAACGGCGCCAAGAUCUGGACGACGCUGGCCCACCGGGCCGACUACAUCAUGCUGCUCACGCGCACCGACCCCGACGCCCCCAAGCACCGGGGUAUCAGCUUCGUGCUGACCAAGCGCAACGGCCAAGCGCUCAUGGAUGUGCCCUGGGUGCGCAGCCUUAUGGCCGACCGUUACAUUGAAUGCGAGGUGGCCCGGCUGAUCGCCUACAACGUGGCCUACAUGCAGGGGCAGGGACUGGUGCCCACGCGAGAGGCCUCGAUGAGCAAGGUGUUCGGCAGCGAGACCGUCCGCCGGGUGACCGAGGCAGCCAUGGACGUGCUGGGGCUGUACGGCACGCUGGGGCGCGAGGAGAAGUGGGCGCCGUUGCGGGGCCGCGUACAGGAACACUGGAUGCUCAGCUUCUCCGGGACCAUUGCCGCCGGAACAUCCGAAGUGCAGCGCAACAUCAUCGCCAGCCGGGGCCUGGGGUUGCCGAGGGGGUAG